CCGCGUCCCCCUCUCGCCCUGGCCGCUCGCGCAGCUGCUCGGCUCUCGCUAUAUAAAGGGGCGAAGCGGGCAGAGCGGGCGGCUGGCGGCGGCGGCUGCAGCCCCAGGGCCGGCGAGCGAAGCCGGGCCAGGCCGCGGGGCUGCCCGUGAGCCGGGGCGGGACGCGCGGGAUCGGGGGGAAACGCAGCCGGGCAGGUUUAUUGUUUUAGGGGCGACUCUUCCCCCCUCACUUUCUUCCCCCCCCGCGGUCGGGGGCGUCCCGGGGGGCUCGGGACAUGGCGAGCUCGACUAACACAAACCCCGUGCCUAAAUUGUACAGGUCUGUAAUUGAAGAUGUCAUCAAUGAUGUCAGAGAAGUUUUUCUGGAUGAAGGAGUAGAUGAACAAGUUCUUAUGGAACUCAAAACACUGUGGGAGAACAAGCUGAUGCAGUCCAAGGCUGUAGAUGGCUUCCAUUCAGAAGAGCAGCUUUUGUUGCAUGUGCAACAGCAGCAACAGCAGCAGCAGCAGCAACAGCAGCAUCACCACCACCACCAUCACACACAACCUCAGCCGCAACAGACUGUGCAGCAGCAGUCUCAGCCACAGCAGGUCCUUAUUCCAGCGUCUCAGCAAGCACCUCAGCAGCAGGUUAUUGUGCCAGAUUCCAAGCUGAUACCACACAUGAAUGCAUCAGGCAUGAGUGCUGCAGCCACUGCAGCUACGUUGGCUCUACCUGCUGGCGUUACUCCUGUUCAGCAGAUACUUACAAAUUCAGGCCAGAUCCUCCAAGUAGUUAGAACUGCAAAUGGAGCUCAGUAUAUCAUUCAACCACAGCAGUCAGUUGUUUUACAGCAGCAGGUCAUACCGCAAAUGCAGCCUGGUGGAGCACCUGUUAUACAGCAGGUUUUGGCUCCUAUCCCUGGAGGGAUUCCCCAGCAGACAGGAGUGAUUAUUCAGCCUCAGCAGAUCCUGUUUACAGGAAAUAAAACACAAGUCAUACCUACAACAGUGGCUGCCCCUACACCAGCUCAAGCACAGCUUCCUGCAGCUGGUCAGCAGCAACCACAGCAACAACAGGCACAACCACAAGCACCACUUGUUCUCCAAGUUGAUGGAGCAGGGGACACAUCAUCUGAAGAAGAAGAAGAUGAGGAGGAAGACUAUGAUGAUGAUGAAGAGGAAGACAAAGAAAAAGAUGGAGGUGAAGAUGGCCAAGUUGAAGAGGAGCCUCUUAACAGUGAAGAUGAUGUGAGUGAUGAGGAAGGACAAGAACUGUUUGAUACGGAAAAUGUUGUUGUGUGCCAGUAUGAUAAGAUCCAUAGAAGUAAAAACAAAUGGAAAUUUCAUCUCAAAGACGGCAUCAUGAAUCUUAAUGGAAGAGAUUAUGUAUUUUCCAAAGCCAUUGGAGAUGCAGAAUGGUGAAGUUUUAAAAGAUGAAACAAAACAAAAAAACUCCUUGUAAAAGGAAAAAAAAUAUCAGCAUCAGGAAAGGUUGAGUCUGGGACGUAUACUCCAACCAAAAUAAGUAUCUGCACAUCAGAAAUAAACAACAGAUAAAAGUAUUGGAACAAAGGUAAAAUGUGGCAACAAAGACACUACUUCAGAUGAGCAAGCCAUGGACUGUAGCAGCUAUAUAGCAUUGUCUGGGAGCUGGUUUUGUGUGUUAGGAAUACCUUAAUUAUCAAUUCUACAUACAGGUACCUACAGCUGGUAUUUAGCAUGUAAGGCUUUGUUCUCCUUCCCUCCCUUGAUUUAAGAUUUUAAAAUAUUUCUUCCACUGAUUGAAGGAACUCUUCCCUUUGAUAGAUUAUUAAUCUGAAAAUGCUUAUUGUGUGUACAAAUCUUUGCUUUGAAAACUUCCUUUUGGUAGUGAGAAUGGUCAGAAUGUUACUUAAGCUGCGUGGAAGCUUUGUACAGAAGGGUAAGAAUUAAGGUGUUAAAUUUUAAAUAACUUGUAUAAGGAAAAUAUUUUUAAUUCUGAUAUGCUCAUUAAUUAUUAUAUCUAUUUGUUGUUUUCAGUUCAGUUCCCCAUAAACAGGUUGUUGUUCCUAGCAGUUAAAAAAUGGUAAAAUGAUCAUUUAUAUUUCAAAAUUAUUUUAAUUUCAUGUAAGUGAUACCUUUUAUUUAGGGCUGUAUUUUUUAAAUACUAAGCACCUGUAGAUCCCCCACAAAAGUCAGAUUGCUUAACUUGUUAAUUAUAUUCUUGCUGUUUGGUGAUGGUUUGGCCUCACUGAACUGAAACAAAUAAUAUUGUUUCCAUGAUUUUUUUUAAAAGGCUUUGGAGACCUUUUGAAUUAGAUGUGUAGGUAAUGGCAUAAUACAUGCAUUCCUUCACUUGCUUAUACAUGUGUAUUCCAGACAUUCACAAGUAAUUCAACACACCACAAGAAUGACUAAACUUUUUGUAGAGAAAAUCACAUAAGAAUUCUAACAUCCUGGCUGCAACUCUUAAUUGAAGAUGCGCUUUACUAAAAAGUAUAGCCAUAAGUUACCUGCAGCAGUUAAUCUCUCUAAAGUUUCCAGGUGGCAUGCAAUUUCAUGAAGAGAGCUGCACAGCUUUAAGAACACAAAUUAUGUUAGAGUACCUUUAAACACUCUUGGUAACAGAACAUCAAGCAGUCAGAUGCACUAAACUUUGUGUAGUCAAAUUUUCACUCACCUUUUCCAGAGGUGUAGUUUUGUGAUGCUUUUCUUUUUUUCUGAAAAGCAACAAGGUUUCUCCCCCCUCCUUCCCUUCCUCUUCUGAGAAGGGAACACCUUUUCUUUGUGCAUAGGUUAUUCUUGUAAACCUUGCUUUCAGAAACGCAGGUACUUUUGAAUAAGGAGAGGGAAUGGGCAUUAUACUUCAGAAACUGUUGAGGAAGGAAGGAAUGUUCAUGUGGCUCACCAUUUCAAAAGAAUUUUAGGUUUCUUUGGGUGCUUGGAAAGGUGAUGAGAAAAGGACACA